GCCGCCUGAGUGUGCCGAUGCUUGUGGUAGGAGCUUAAUUUUUCAGUAACUAGUGCAAUGAGGGCAUACCCAGCGUGAUUGGCAGAGAAGACAGGUGUAUGUACACUUCCUUGAUGAAUGCAUAUAGCAAGGAUAAGAAGAUGCAAAAUGGAUAUGAGAGGUUAUCUAAGAAUGCUCAAGAGGGAUGUCAAUCAGAUAGUUAUGCUUGCAACACAUUGAUCCUUGGUUUGUCAAGAUGGGUUUGUUUGAUGACUGUUGGUAGCUGUACAAUCAGAUGAUGGAGCAGGGAAUGCAGCCUAAUGUGGUGACUUAUCAUGAUUUGAUUAGUAGUUGUCGCCAGAGAGGGAUGGUUGAUCGUGCUUUUAUAUAUGCUUCUGAAUAAUAUGGUUAGUAAUAAUAUAGCUCCUACUGUUCACUGCUAUACAGUUUUGCCGGUUUUGCUUGCUUCACUUUAUAAGGAGAGUAGAUUAAUGGAAGUAAUUGAAACACACCAACAUUUUGCUGGAUAGUGGGGUUGUUCCAGACCAUAUUCUGGGCUUGACCCUUCACCAUUCUUGUCCUCUACUACAGGAUCGAUGCUUGGACAAAGAAAUUCAGCUUCUUCUUGAGGGAUUUGUGAAAAGCAACACGAGUCUAGCGGACGUGACAUUGAUCAGUAUACAUAUCAUUGCAAUGUAUGAGGGAUGAAAACUGGAUGAUUCUUUGUGUUGCAUCGAUAAAAUGGUCAAUCUAGGAUGUAUACCUUCAGUUUUGUCUCUCUCUCCCUCCCUCAGUUCCGCCAUGACACAGUUGUUCUUUCUUUUUUUUGUAUUUCUAGUUUUGAAGGAUGUGCAGAGAAUGUCUGUAGUGUAAAUGCACACGAGAUUCUUGUACUACUGAGAGGAAGGUAUGUCCUUA